AUGCCCAGGAGAGCGCGGCGGUGGUGGUGGUGGACGCUCAUCCUGGCCGCAAUGUACCUGACGCCACCAGUCCUCGCAGUUUGCGAGAUCGAAGGAGGUGACGCGGUCAUCAUCGUCGACGUACAGGAAAGCAGAGGAAACCAGACAGACCAGGGGACGCAUCCCAAAGACCUCCCCAUCCUAGGCGAUAUUCAAGACAUCGACUUGACAAUACAAAGCUCUAGCUACGACGUUUUCGAACUCUUCGGGAAGCGGCUUGUACUCAAAAAGCCGCUGGACAGAGACCUUGAGGAUUUGGCCUCUAUCCGGUUACAAAUCCUAUGUCAAGCAAGGCUGGGACGGAUACAGCCUUUCUCCCAAAGGGCGAUUCAGGUCCUGGUUCGCGUCAACGACAUCAACGACAAUCCGCCCGUGUUCAGGUUGCCGCACUACGAGACGACGGUGUCAGAGUUGGCCCCCGUGGGGACGACCAUCUUCAGGGACCUGGCGACGAUAGACAUGGACACGGGAACCAACGGCCUCGUGGAGUACACCACCAUGUCAGGAGACGGCACCGAACACGACGGCUACGAUCAUUUUGCAAUCGACCUCCCGUAUCAGGGACUAGUCACAAUCGCGAGGCCUCUGGACUACGAGAAAGCCAAAUUCUAUCACCUGCUCAUCAAGGCCACCGACAAGGCGUCCAACCCGGCAGAGCGGUUGUCGAGCACCACGACCCUCACCAUCUACGUUGAGGACGGGGACGACCUAGAGCCCACCUUCGUUCACGAGGGAUGCACCAUGGUGCACAGGGUGUGCACUAACGUAGAGUACCGGGCGGAGGUCACCAGCGGCGUCACGUCGGGUGUACUGAAGAUUUACCCGGAGGAAAUACGAGCAGAAGACAGAGAUUCUCUUAAGACUAAAAUACGCUACAGCUUCGUCAACGGUACUCCGUCUUUCUACCAAGAGCACUUCGACAUCGAUGCCGACAGUGGCCUUGUGCGACAACUCAAGCCUGUCGACCGAUUACUUACGAAAUAUUUCGAUAUCCUCGUCAAGGCAGAAGAAACGAGCGAGCAGCGGAGGUUCGCCACAGCCAAGCUCCAUAUCGGCGUGAAGGUGGUGGACAACAACCCUCCGGUCGUGGUGGCCUCUGCCACGGAAGGGUUCGUCGACGAGAACUCUCCCGUCGGCACCUACGUGGUCACUCAGCCCUACGGGGACGACCCCCUCUAUUUCAUGGUCAGCGACGAGGACCUCGGAGAAGACGAUCCCUUUCCCGAGUACAGCUUCGAACUGACCACGACGGCGUUCCGAGUGAACGCCGAGGGUGUGCUGGUCGUCAACGAGCCCGACCUCGAUCGAGACCCGCCCAACCAGAGCGUUUACACCUUCCAGGUGGUGGCCCACCAGUUGAACAGUGCCCCCGGCAAGGGCAGCAGCGCCCCGAUCUCGCUGAGUGUGCGACUGAACGACGUAAACGACAACAGUCCCAAGCUGCCUACGCUGAGUCCCGUCACCAUCCAGGCUGGAGACGGUGUACGGAACGUCACGCAGGUGCAAGCCAGGGACGACGACGAAGGAGAGUUUGCGCGCGUGAGCUACUCUGUCUAUCAUGUGUCCAACAACGGUAGGGACAAGUUCCGCAUCGACCGGGACACGGGUCUAGUACAAGUUAUCUCCAAAGUCGUGUCCGGGGAUCAGUACAGCAUCACAGUACAGGCCACUGACACCGGUGCAAGGUUCAGUCAGGGAAUCCUGGACGUGAUUGUCAUUCCGGGGCCCAACACUGGAGGUCCCGUUUUCUCCAAGGACACCUACGAGGUGCAAGUGAGCGAAGGAGCUUCCGUGGGAUCGGCAGUGGCCACGCUCAAGGCCCAAGAUCCGGAGGGGGAUGAGGUCACCUAUUCGAUCGUCGAAGGGAACGCAAAGGGAGACUUCACCAUAGACUCCUCCAGUGGCACUGUAACCAUCGCGAAGCGUCUGAACCGAGAAGAGGUGUCAUCGCAUACUCUACAGGUUAAGGCUGAAGACAAAAGCAACCUGUUCAACGUGGCCACCGUGCACAUCACCGUCACCGAUAUCAAUGAUCAGAACCCCGUGUUUGUUCAGGAAAGCUACAAUUUUACUGUAGAAGAAGGCAAGGCUGGAGCCGUCGUGGGAACUGUGCAGGCAAGAGACGAGGACAUUGGUGCAAACGGCGAAGUUUACUACACGAUUUCUGGAAAUGGUGACUUCGGGAUCAACGAAAAGACGGGCGAGGUGUCGACGCGUCGCGCCUUGGACUACGAGCGGCAGAAGGAACACGUGCUCGUGGUGACGGCCAAGGACAAGGCUCCCGACGCGCGCAUCACCACCGCCAGCGUGACCGUGCACGUGCUGGACGUACAGGACGAAGUCCCCUACUUCGAGAGGAACUUCUACGAGUCGUCCGUGCCGGAGAACCAGGACAACAUCAACGUCGUGCAAGUCAAGGCAACGGACCCCGACAGCACGCCGAGCAUCACGUACACGAUACGCGAGGGCGACCAGACCCUGUUCGCCAUCGACCCCGUCAGCGGAGUGGUGCGCACGCUGGCGGGACUGGACUACGAGAAGAAGACGAGUCAUACGCUCGUCAUCGGCACGCUGGAGAACGACAAGACGGAUCCCACGGCCACCUGCACAGUGCGCGUGGCGGUCGAGGACCGAAACGACGUGGCUCCCCGUUUUACGAGUGUGCCCUUGCCGAUACGCCUGCAAGACAACGUGCCCCUUGGAACCAUCGUUACGACUGUCGUUGCCUCAGACGGAGACGGAUCGGCUCCAGGAAACGUGGUUCGCUACGAGAUUGGCGGUAAAGGUAGAGCGCCUUUCUACUUUCUGAUCGACAGCACCAGCGGAGUCAUAACGGUCAAGGACGACCUCAGGAAAGAACCGGACUCUGAGUACAGGAUUGAGGUGCAGGCGCACGAUCUUGGAGACCCGUCUCUCGCUGCCAGCGCGGUGGUCACCGUCUACGUGGAGCACAUUGCAACUGUGCCACCGGAUUCGGGACUGGGAUUCGCCGACGGAUUUUACACAGUUGAAGUUCCUGAAAACGCACUGGCCAAUACUUUGGUAAAAGCUCUUCCGAUCGUCAACAAGCCACGCGGGAACUUUCCAGUACAGUGCCAAAUUGUUACUGGAAACGAAAAGGGACAUUUCUACAUUUUGGACAACGAGCAACGGGAUUGUGAAGUGCGCGUACAGAACCAGAACCUUGACUAUGAAGAACAGAACAAAUACCUCCUGACAGUUCACCUGAACACGAUCGGUGGAGUAUUUGGCUCGUCAAGACUGAUGACGCAGGUUGCCAUCAACUUGAUCGACCAGAACGACAACAGGCCUCGGUUCGUGGUUCCUCCUAUGUACAGCCAGCUGACACAGAACCGCUAUCUGGCUGCCGUUUCCUCCGAUGCCCCAGCGGGAACCCGUUUCCUUCAGGUGUUGGCCGAAGACCUGGACUCUGGUUCCAAUGGAAAAAUUGUAUAUGACCUUUCCCCCGACACGGACCCCGAUGGAAAGUUUAGCAUCGAUCCCCAGACGGGCUAUUUGAGUAACGUGAAGACGUUCGAAGACGUCCAAGGAGUCAGCUUGCCCUUGAAACUCAAGAUUACGGCCAGGGACAGCCCCGACCUCACCUCCAGGGCACUCACAGAGUCUACAUACGCCUACGUGAAUCUUAUCAACGAUGAAAACAGACUCGUUCUUGCCGUUGGAGAUGUGCUUCCGGACAAGGUUUUACAGCUGAAAGAUCAAAUUAUGGGUAUUAUUCAACAGCAGAUACGCCUCAUCGCUAGCGUUGAAAAGGUGGUCGCUCUGAAAGUGCUGAGGAACAACACCAUUGCCACUGAUCUGUCAGGGAGCGAUAUUUGGAUAUACCUAGUGGAGCCGGAGACCCUGAGGAUUAUGACAACAAAUGACCCUCGCAUUCAGAUGCUCGUGACCGAGGGCAAUCCACAGUCGACGUUCCUGGACCACAUCUCGAGGAGUCUGGGCAUCACCGUGCAACAGCUGAGAACCCCGUACGCUGUGCCCACGGCCCCGCCCAACGUGGUCCGCCCCGUCAAGAUCGGCGGCGGAGAUUCGAGCGACCUGGGUGCAGCCCUCAUCGUGCUUGCCUGCAUCAUCGCCGUCUUGGGCUUCGUCGGCAUCGUGUACCACUGCUGCAUGUGGUCCAGAUACGUGGCGAAUAAAGAAAGGAUAAAGCGCAUGUGCGUGGCACCGCGAUACGAGCCUGUGUACGCGGACUCCAGCCUCAAGGAAUACGAGACGCAGGUGCUUCAGAUGAGCGUUCCGGUUGACGAGGACGGCAGCUACCACGACUCUCCGUUUGGCCUCAAGAGUGCCGACGACGUGGCCUACAUUAGCAACCGGGGCCUGGCCGGCAGCCUGUACGAGCGCGAGUCUCCGACGGAAGGGGCCCCCAGCUCCAUCGGCAACGCGUCCACGGCGAGGGUCGGGAGCUGCGUGUCCGCCUUCGACGGUUCCGUGAACGGCGGCCCGACCAAAAACCCGCUCUACAUCGGCUACAAUUCCGACGAGGAAGAGAACAGUCAGAACGCAGCGCCACCGUCCACGAAGAAGACCAGUGGUCUCACGAUGCUCCAGGCGCAUCCGCCCGCAACGGCGAAUGCGGACAAGUCUAGAUACAUCGCUGGAGUGGAAACUACCACGGAACUAUGA